GGCACAUGGGCGUAUACAUAAAGAGCUCUUACCGCGUUGUCUCCGUUGUCCUUAUUCAUUAAAUAAGCUGGAAAAAAUACUAAUCUAUUCGGUUUUUAGCCAAACUACUUAUACCGUUGCCAAAAUGGAAACGUUAAACGAUUUUGUCCAACAAUAUCCCCAAGUGCUGUGCAGCGCUACGGCGUUUGUGGCGGGUGGAGCGCUCAUCUACAAGCUUGCUAACAGGAAGAAGCCCCUGAAUGUUAAGGUCAACUGCUGGUUCUGCAACCAGGAUACUAUAGUUCCGUAUGGCAACCGGAACUGCUGGGACUGUCCGAAUUGUGACCAGUACAAUGGCUUCCAGGACAACGGGGACUACAACAAACCCAUUCCGGCCCAGUACACAGAAGAUCUGAACCAUGGCGUGUCUGGUAGUCUUCCUGCCCAAGCAUCUCCUGGUAAACUGCAAUGGGUCAACUCUAAGAUGCUCCUAUGCAGGAAGUGCAAUCACAACCAGUCAACUAAGAUCAAGCUGUUGUCUUCAUUCAUGCCAAAGGAUGACGGCAACUAUGACGAGGAGAUUGACGCAUACAAGUGUCACUUGGAGGAACACUACAAGCUGUGUAGGCCGUGUCAGGCAGCAGUGGACUACUACAUCAAGUAUCAGAAUCGCCAGCUGAGGACCGUGCUGCUCAGCAAUCAGCUUAAACGCACCCAAGAUUCUCUUAAGAGCUUUAUAAAGGGCUAUUUCUCUUCCUCUUGUCCUCUUGGGGUGGUACUCCUGCGAUGCCUUGCCACGCUCAUGUGUGCUUUCCUCCUUGCGACAUCUGUCUAUCCAUCUGCCGACCAGCCAGCCGCAUCAAGUGGAGAGCUGAAUCUUCCCAAGCCCUCCACCCACAAUGCGUCUGACAGCAGCAAUAAGAGCGAUGGAGGCCUGCUGGAGCUCCUCCAAUUGGCUCUUGUCGACUACGCCAAGAUCUUGUGGCUCUACGGACAAGCUAAUCAGAUGGUGGUCGUUUGUGUCGGUGUGUCUACGUGUCUCACCGGUGUCCUCUUGGCAGGACCUGCCAGGUUAAGGAGAAUCGACGCAGUGUCCUCUGUGCUGUGGUUCCUUGUCCUGUGUUGGUACAUGCUGGCAGAGUUUGUGGGGAUUGAUGCGUCAAGCUGGAUGGACACAACAAAGCACAUCACCACCGCCAUCUGUUGCAUCGUCAGCUUUGCUGCCGCCAUAGCAACGCGCAACCCGCUGGGUCAACGAAGAGGAAAAUACCGAAGAUACCUCUCAGGUUCUUCAGCGCGAUCCCUAAACAAUCAGCCCACUCUGCUCACUCCAGAAAUGAUACGCUCCUUCGUCCCCUCGCCUCCUCCCAACAUCUCCAAACUUGUCAACCAGCAAAAGGCUCCCCCAAAACGCAAGGACCGCCUUUGCUCCCUGCCUCGUCGUCUUAGCAGCGCCCUCUGCCUCGGCACUAUCUCCACCUUCACCAGGACAGAUUCAGGCUACUUGUUCAGUGGAAGCAAGUCAGGCUCACUCUACAAAGACUCCCCUUCCUCAGACUACUUUUCAAUGAAGUCGUGUAGUCGCCCAUCAUCGCCUGGACCCUCGCCGACUCCCUCAUUGGACGGCUCGGGCACAUCCAGCUCGAGUUCGGCCAGGCAACGUCGGCCUCUCAUUAGCCCGGCACGCUUCAACCUCAACUGCCAGAAACCACCAAAGCUCUACUCAAUCGAUACCGAGUCCACCUUCAAGUCCCCGCUGGUGUCCUCGUCGCAUUUUCUCCCUGCAGACCAGACUUCUGUUUACAGUGGACGCAUUUCACCUGACAUGUCCCUCUUCCAGAGUCAGAGUGAUUUGGCUUCGAUACGCGAAGACGGCGGCAUGAAGGCAAAAGAGAGCAGCUCCUCGGGGUCUUUAACUUGUCUGGUUGGCACGACCACGCCAGAAAACAGCGCCCCCUCUCAGAACGUGAAGACAGGUCAAGUUUGGAUGCUGCUUUUAUUCGCCAGCCUGAGCACCAAUCUGCUGUUUGCCGGCCUCUGGAUGUUUUACAGCUGAAGAUGAACUCAAAUCAACUGAUUGAUUUCUUCUCAGGGUGCCACUUGGUAAGAAAUCUCUUGCUGUUUACCGUUGGCUCCCAGCAGAUAGUCCACACCAUUAGGCAUGUUUUUAAAAACAUAGCAAGGUUUUGGUAAGUCUUUUUCUGACAUGACACAGUGGUUUUGUUACGUGUGCAAUAACAAUGUAUUAAUAAUACCUCCUUAGACUGGCUCAACCUUAAUAGUACAGUUUACAGUGACCGUGUGCAAUAUUGGUCACCAUUGGGUUACCGCUCAUUUAUAUUUUGAAAUGUUUGCCAAAGACGUUCUGCAUAUUUGAUGAUGUUUAUGCAUUAUUGGUUUUUGCCUGUGCUGUUAUGUAGUGAACAUGCAAGGGUGCAAAACAGUUCAAGUCUACAAACCUUUUGUGUGUAUUUACAUGAUGUACAUUUUCAUGAGAACAAUUAGUGAGGUUUUUUUUUUUAGUCAUUUUAAAAAAUGAGUGCGAGUAAAAUACUACUCCUGAACAAAUACUGGUUUUGAAAUGGUCACUUGCACUUGAUUGUGUUUUUUUUUACUUGAAAGUUAUCUUAAAUGAGACUGAAAUGAAUGCAAAAUAAUGCUUAUUCAGCACUGUUGCAGCUUUUAAAAGGUGUCUACACAUAAAAUUAUUGUGUGUAUUCUUUCUCCCAGGAGAACACUUGAUUAUGUUUAAUGUCAUUUAUAUAGAAAAAUGUAAGGUAACUUUUUCUGAAAAUAACAUUUUAUUGGUGAGUUCAAUAUAAUAAUUUAUUUUGUUGUUUAAAUUAGUGGUCCCCAACCACCGGGCCGCGGCCCGAUCCCGGUCCGUGGAUCGAUUGGUACCGGGCCGCACAAGAAAUUUAAAAAAAUAAAAAUAAAAAUAUUUUAUUUUAUUUUAUUUUUAUUAUUAUUAAAUUAACAUAAAAAACACAAGAUACACUUACAAUUAGUGCACCAACCCAAAAAACCUCCCUCCCCCAUUUACACUCAUUUACACUUUUUCGCACAAAAGGGUUGUUUCUUUCUGUUAUCAAUAUUUCUGAUUCCUAUAUUUCAUAUAAAUAUAGAUCAAUACAGUCUGCAGGGAUACAGUCCAUAAGCACACAUGAUUGUAUUUUUUUAUGACAAAAAAAAAACAUCCGUCCCCCCCGGUCCGUGGGACAAAUUUUCAAGCGUUGACUGGUCCGCAGUUACAAAAAUGUUGGGGACCACUGGUUUAAAGCAUAUUUUGAAGUGCUGUGUUUCUUGUAGACUUAUUUUGUUUCCUCAAAUGAAGAAGGCUCUGGGAUCAUGUGCUUGUGUUAUAAAAAUGUUUCGUCAAUGUGUGCAAUGCAAAAUGUGCUCUAGUUUGUGUAACUGAUCCUGGAUCCACACUUUUGUUUUGAUAAUAAAAUAUAUUUUUGUAUUUGUA